AUGGCCAACAGUGUAAUGAAUAAGAGUGAAGUCGAUACUCUUGUCGCAAAUUUAAUAUCGGAUACUACUGUUAACAAAGUUCAUUUCAAAGGAAGUCAAAUCGGAAAUAGAGCAGCCGAUUUAUUAGCCACUGCAAUACAAAAUAAUUAUAAUAUUCAUACAUUUAAUCUUAUCGGAGAUAAACUUGAUAUUCUUUCAUCAGGAAGAUUUGCUGAUGCAAUACAAUUUAAUACAAGUAUUCAUACAUUUAAUCUUGUUGCAAAUAAUCUUGAUAUGGAUACAGUAGAAAGAUUUACUAAUGCAAUACAUGAUAGUUCUAAUAUUCAUACGUUCAAUCUUACGACAGAUAAACUUGAGAAUAAUAAAACAGAAAAAUCAUUUACACUUUCUGGUGGUGAACUUGGAGAUUAUACUGCAAUGGAAUUCGCUCGUGCAAUAAGAUUGAAUUCUAAUAUUCAUACAUUUAGUAUUGAUGUAUAUAAUCUAGGACUUUCUGCUAUAGGAAAAAUUGUUGAAGUAUUACAACGUAGUCCUAAUAUUCGAACAUUUCGUUUUAUUGGAGGUAAUAUUGAUAUGUAUUCAGUAGGAAGAUUUGCUGAUGCAAUGAGAUAUACUUCACAUAUACAUACAUUUACUCUUACUACUGGCAAUCUUGAUGUCGAUGCAGCAAGAAAAUUUGCUGAUGCAGUACAAAAGAAUUCUAAUAUACAUACAUUUAUUGUUGCUGGAGAUAAUCUUGAUAUGUAUGUAGCAGAAAAAUUUGCUAAUGCAAUACGUGAUACUUCUCAUAUUCAUACAGUUAAUAUUACAGCUAGUAAUUUUGACAUGUACACAGUAGGAAAAUUUGCUGAUGCAAUACGUGAUAAUUCUAAUAUUCGUACAGUUAAUUUUGAUGCAGAACGACUUGACAGUUAUUCAGCAGACCGAAUAAACGAUGCAAUACGAAAUAAAUCGAAAUCUCUUAUGAAAAACGAAAAAGAGAGUACCAUAGCUUUGAAUGAAGAGCAACAAAUAUUUUUUGCUCUUAAAAAAUUAAGAGAUCUUGGAAUACCAUUAAUUAAUCCCGCUCUUUUGUACGCUCUUUAUCCUAAUUACUUUUAUCCUAAUUAUAAUUAUAAUUGGACACCGUAUACUUAUCCUAAUAAUAAUAUAUAUAGUAAUCGUAAUGGUUACGGACCACAAUAUUAUUAUCCUUAUGGAGGAAACUAUUAUUAUGGUAGAUCAAAUUUUUUUAUGUUGUAA